CUCUCCAACAAUGGCAGCUCCUCUGGUAGAGUCCGUCCAGUGCUUCGGCCGAAAGAAGACAGCCGUGGCCGUCACCUACUGCAAGCGUGGCCGUGGCCUGAUCAAGAUCAGCAGUUGUCCCGUCGAGCUGGUGGAGCGUGAGAUUCUUUACUACAAGGCCUAUGAGCCCAUCCUCCUCCUCGGCCGCCAACACUUCGUCGGCAUCGACAUGCGCAUCCGGGUCAAGGGCGGUGGCCACACCUCCCAGAUCUACGCCAUCCGUCAGAGCAUCGAAGGGAAUCUGAGGUUUUGAGGUUCAGAGAUGGCAAGUGGAUUUUGGGGAAUCAACCAGCAAGCCACCCCCAAAGUCUUUCUUGCUCAAGCAGCAAUGGUAACAACAAUGAUGCUGGUAAUUUUGAAUGCAAUAUAUGCUUCGACUUAGCCCAAGAUUCAAUUGUUACUCUUUGUGGUCACAUCUUUUGCUGGCUUUGCCAGAUGUUGAUGAUGUUUUGAUGUUGUUGCUGAUUUUUGAUGAUGUUUGAUGAUGUAGUUGAUGUUUGAUAAUGUUCACGAUGUAGUUGAUGUUUGAUGAUGUAGUUGAUG